AUGCUCCUUCUCUGCCCAGGAGUGAAUGGUACGAGGAAAGACGGUGAACCUGUGGUUUGGGGUCACCACAAGCAGGGCUUCCAGGAAGUAGAUAAAAUGGCGUGCGCAGCAGACAGCUGCAUACAGUUCACCCGGCAUGCGAGCGAUGUCCUGCUCAACCUGAACCGGCUGCGCAGCAGAGAUAUUCUCACCGACGUCACCAUCCUGGUCAACAGGCAGCAGUUUCGUGCACACAAGACUGUCCUCAUGGCUUGCAGUGGGCUGUUUUACACGAUCUUCACCGACUCCCACAAGUGCAACCUUAACGCCAUCAGCCUGGACCCGAAGGUGGACCCAGAGGGCUUCGCCAUCCUGCUGGAGUUCAUGUACACCUCCCGUCUGGCGCUAAAGGAAAGUCUCAUCAUGGCCAUCAUGAAUACAGCCAUCUACCUGCAGAUGGACCAUGUUGUGGACACCUGCCACAGGUUUAUCAAAUCCAGUGAUCCGGCUGCCAAGCUGCCCAGAGAUGAGUUUUUGGUCAGUCCCUUGGUUUUACCUCCGGAUGUUCACACGUACCGCCCUCACGACGUUGUUGACAGUUUGCACAGCCGCCUCGCUCCGUUCAGGGAUGGAAGACCCUACGGCACAAACAUGUUCAGCGGGGUCAGCACCCCCAGCAACUACCAUCUGUACGGGCAGUUUCCCAUGCCAGGAUUCCCCUUCCCUCUCUGCAAGCUGACUGAUACCAAAAAUGCUUUUGCUGACCUCUCAAAAAGUGGGAUCCACUACAAGCACUGUGCUCCUCUAGACAACACCGUCAGGGCAGAAUACACCCGGGCACUGGGCACCAGCUCCUCCACCAUCCUUCACUCUGCCUAUGCUUCCAGGGAGGCGGGGAGAGACGAUGAGAUGAGGAAGGAGUGCCACGAGGGCCUUGGGCAGCCGAUCGGCCUCAGCUCGAGGAAGCGUGCGUUUCCCGUCUUGACUCUGGAGCACCAAAAAGGCUCAGGCAAAGAGCACACUGCACAGGCAGAGGAAGACCUCAUUCAUCAGCACUAUCCGCUGGGAAUCUCCUCUGUGGGGCGCAAGAGUCUCAUGAGCAGCCCCCAGAGCCCCCUCAAAUCAGACUGCCAGCCCAACUCUCCGACAGAGUCCAGCAGCAGCAAGAACGCCGGCCUCUCUCAUGUCGGUGGUGCUCAGGCCUCGCAGGGGAUGCCCGACCCCAAAGCUCGUAACUGGAAGAAGUACAAGUUCAUUGUUCUGAACCAGAGCGCCAAAGAAGAUGAGGCGGCGAUGACGGGGCGUCACUCCCCUCAGCGCCUUGGCCUGCAGCCGUACCUUCACCCCGGCGACUCUGAGAACCUCGAACUCCAAACGACGAGCAAAAGCAGCGAUCACAGCGAGGAUCUGCCGGUCCCGCAGACAAGUCGCCUCAACAACAUCAUUAACAGUGCACUAGAGGGGUCGCUGAGGAGCAGCGACGGCCGCCCUCCACACUACCUGAACCGCCUGAGCUGCUCCACCUGCGGCUCCCGGUCCCCGCAGCACUCCGACAUCUGCCCCAACAGCUCCCGGGCCCGCCUUUCAGAGGACAUGGCCGAGCUUCACUCCGAGUACUCGGACUCCAGCUGUGAAAACGGAGCGUUCUUCUGUAACGAAUGUGACUCCAAGUUUGGUGACGACGAAGCUCUGAAGCAGCACAUGCUUCAAGUGCACAGCGACAAGCCGUACAAGUGUGACCGCUGCCAGGCUGCCUUCAGAUACAAAGGCAACCUGGCCAGCCACAAAACUGUCCACACAGGAGAGAAACCGUAUCGCUGCAACAUCUGUGGGGCUCAGUUCAACAGACCAGCUAACCUCAAGACUCACACUCGCAUCCACUCAGGAGAGAAGCCAUACAAGUGUGAGACGUGUGGCGCUCGAUUCGUUCAGGUUGCUCAUCUCCGCGCUCACGUGUUGAUCCACACCGGUGAGAAGCCGUACCCAUGUGAGAUCUGUGGAACACGCUUCCGCCACCUGCAAACGCUGAAGAGCCACCUGCGCAUCCACACGGGAGAGAAGCCCUACCAUUGUGAAAAAUGCAACUUGCACUUCCGCCACAAGAGUCAGCUGCGGCUGCACCUCCGACAGAAGCACGGCGCCAUCACCAACACCAAGAUCCAGUACAGGAUGUCGACGGCGGACAUGCCGACUGACUUGACGAAGGCGUGCUAAGCUUGGAGGACAAAAAAAAAAGUUUCACGCAGGCAACCUCGACCUUGGCAUUACUGAACGCUCAACUUGUACAAUCA